AUGUCGCUGUGGGUUCGUCCAGCCAACAUUUUACCUCGUCGUUUCGCCGUUGAAUGUUUGAGUGACCUUCGUCAAUUGGAGAGGAAAGCGCGUCAUGUGGAAAGGAUGCUGCGCGAUUCACUCUGUCGCACGGUUCCAAACGAUGUUCUGGAUAAAUCUGUCAUUCGCCGUUUCUAUCGAUGUGUCAAAGUUCAAGCCGAAGCAUUUGAAAGUCAACAUGUUGGUCGCUGUCUAACCAUUGAAGGAAAAGAAGAGCUGGAAGAGGAGAACGGUUAUUCAAUGAGAGUUUUCACUCGUCAGUUUCUGCUGCCGGAAGAUGUUAACCUCGAUGCGAUUCGUUCCUCUCUCACUGAUAAUGGCCAACUGGCAGUCGAAGCGCCAAAACUCACUAAAUCGCUUCAAUCUGGCGGCGAAACCAUUCCAAUCCAAUAA